AUGAUUACUCACUGGAAGAGCACAAAUAAGUCUGAAGCAGCCAACAAAGAUGGAGAACGUGAUCGUAACAGAGAUCGCCGCAGCGACCGUGAACUCCAGAGGAGUAGUGGUAAGCCACCACUGGCACUGGCACACAGAGUUGCUUCUGCUCCUGGAGCUUUGGCUAUGCAAUCACCCCGUCAUAGCAAUAGUGGUGUACUGCCCGACCUGUUGCCGCCACAUACACCCCCACAGUCAAGAUCACCACCAAUGCCACAAAGACCUCAAGACAAAAGUACUUCUGAAGAGUAUCGUCAGGCAGUGGGCAAACAGGCACCAAUGCAUCAGAAAUCUUUCACUGCAUUUGGGUUUGGGGCAGGCUCCACCAUUGGUUCCAUGACACCAUCACGCAGAGGUUCUCAGAUCAAUGUCAAUGUGACUCCUUCACAGACUAUGGAAGGUGUUAGUGAAACACCUGAGAUCCGCAAAUAUAAGAAACGCUUUAGCUCAGACAUUCUUUGCGCUGCCUUGUGGGGUGUUAAUUUAUUGAUAGGAACAGAAAAUGGUUUGACUUUGUUGGAUAGAAGUGGUCAAGGUAAAGUUUAUGCAUUGAUAUCUCGGCGUAGAUUUCAACAAAUGGAGGUUUUGGAAGGCCAAAAUAUCCUGGUCACUAUCUCUGGCAAAAAAAAUAAAAUCCGUGUAUAUUAUCUCUCAUGGCUGAAAAGUAAAAUUUUCAAAACAGAAACUGUGACUAGUGAUAAGAAGAAUGGUUGGGUAAAUGUAGGAAAUUUAGAAGGCUGUGUCCAUUUCAAGAUUGUAAAAUAUGAAAGGAUCAAGUUUCUUGUGAUAGCACUUCAAGACAGCAUUGAGAUCUAUGCAUGGGCCCCUAAACCAUACCAUAAGUUUAUGGCAUUUAAGUCCAUACCUGAACUAACAAAUAAACCUUUGUUAGUUGACUUGACAAUUGAAGAGAAUCAGCGAUUGAAAGUUAUCUACGCUUCCAGUAUAGGCUUCCAUGCCAUCGACCUUGACACACACACAGUGUUUGAUCUGUACAUUCCUUCACAUACGCAGGGUCCUAUCACGCCUCAUACAAUGGUGAUUCUACCCAACACAGACGGCCUUCAGUUGCUGUUAUGUUAUGAUAAUGAAGGUGUUUAUGUGAACACCAAUGGAAAGAUCACUAAAAAUGUGGUUUUGCAGUGGGGAGAACUACCAACCUCAGUUGCCUAUAUCAGCACAGGUCAGAUCAUGGGCUGGGGCAACAAAGCAAUAGAGAUUCGGGCUGCUGAAACUGGCCAUCUUAAUGGGGUCUUCAUGCACAAAAAAGCACAGAAACUUAAAUUCUUAUGUGAACGAAACGAUAAGGUGUUCUUCUCAUCUGUCCGCUCUGGGUCAUCUUGCCAAAUCUACUUCAUGACAUUGAACAAGCCAGGCAUGACUAACUGGUGA